AUCUGCUGUAAUGUGCUGGUGCUGUUGUGCACGAACAUUGUCGGUGUGUGCACUCACUACCCGGCGGAAGUGUCGCAGAGACAGGCGUUCCGCGAGACGCGGGCCUGCAUUCAGGCUCGCCUCCACUCGCAGCGAGAGAACCAGCAGCAGGAGCGUCUCCUCCUCUCCGUUCUCCCUCGGCAUGUCGCCAUGGAGAUGAAGGCCGACAUCAACGCCAAAAAGGAAGAUAUGAUGUUCCACAAGAUCUACAUUCAGAAACACGAUAACGUCAGCAUCUUGUUCGCUGACAGAGGGUUCACCAGCCUGGCGUCGCAGUGCACAGCACAGGAGCUGGUGAUGACCCUGAACGAACUGUUUGCGCGAUUCGACAAACUCGCCGCGGAAAACUUCUGUUUAAGGAUUAAGAUUCUCGGAGACUGUUACUACUGUGUGUCGGGGUUACCAGAGGCCAGACCUGAUCACGCUCACUGCUGUGUGGAGAUGGGAGUUGAUAUGAUCGAGGCUAUUUCGCUGGUGCGAGAGGUGACGGGAGUGAAUGUGAACAUGAGGGUCGGGAUACACAGCGGCAGGGUGCACUGCGGAGUGCUCGGCCUCAGGAAGUGGCAGUUCGACGUCUGGUCGAACGACGUGACCCUCGCCAAUCAAAUGGAGGCAGGAGGCAAGGCCGGCCGGAUACACAUCACCAAAGCAACGCUGCAGUUCCUGAACGAAGACUAUGAGGUGGAGCCGGGCUACGGAGGCGAGAGGAACUCCUACCUGAAGGAGAACUGCAUCGAGACCUACCUUAUUGUGGGCUGCAGCCAGAAACGGAGGGAGGAGAAGGCCGCGCUGAGUAAGCUGCAGCGAGCUCGGACCCAUUCCCUCGGGAACCUGGGGUCACCGUGGGGCCCGGACCGACACUUCCACAUGCCUCACCAUAUCUCCAAGGACAUGAGGAUCAGGGGCAUUUGUGAUUACAUGAGCAAAGACAAGAGUGCCCAAGAGCUCCUGAAUCCCGAGGAUGAGGUGGAUGAGUUCCUUGGCCGAGCCAUUGAUGCGCGCAGUAUUGAUCGCCUCCGAUCCGAACAUGUGAGGAAAUUCCUGCUCACCUUCCGCAAACAUGAGUUGGAGAAAAAG